AUGUAUGGACUUUUUGAAUUUGUCAGACUGUUGACAGUGAACCCUCAACAGUCCCGGCAAACUCGAAGAAAGAUUGAUAUCAAGAAGUUCGCAUGGAAGGAAGAAGGAGAAGUCAGUUUGUUGGCACUGAUGUGCUCAAACGAUUAUAUUCUCCUCCAUUACAACAAUACUGGUAGACCGCCAGUUGUGAAGCAGUUGCCAUGGUUUCAUGAAAAACCAGUUGGAUUUAUGUGCUUUGACCCUACCCUUACAUGGCUUCUUCUUGUUACCGAGGCAACACAGGAAAUAUUCAUCAUUCCGGCAGUCUCCAUUGUUGAUUCUAGUGCCAUAAUCAAUCAAAUAUUUAAGACAGAUGAUGUGACAGUUCGGAAAUUCAAAGCCACAAGUGGGCAUAUUACCUGUGGUCUGUGGUGGCAGACAUUAGAUGGCAGACAGAUAGCUGUAAUUGCUACAAAUGCUGGUGAAAUUUUGUUCAUUGACCUAAUGAAUGGCAAAGAAUGCAAAGAGUUGACUCUAGACAUGAGCAUCAGUGAUCUGUCAUUGUCACUUGAUGACUUGCAGAUGAACACAACACUCUUGAUAACAACAUCUAAUGGAGGUCAGUGGAGACUUAUGCUAGAGUCUCGAAUAGCAUUCAGCAGAUACUCACCAGACAUGGAAAUCAAUGACAUGAGUUAUGAGAACAUUGAUACCUACAGUGUUCCUCCUUGUAGUAUCCUGGAUUCCCCUGAGGAUGACAACGCCUUGUUUACACCUACUCGUUUCCAGCACUUUCAGCCACCAACUAUGUUACGUCCGCAGUAUGCAAGAGGACAUCAUUUUAUAACAGCCCAUUGCACAUUGUCCUCAACCUUACAGGUGCUUGAUUCAGAUGCUGAGCACAGUCCUCUGUUUGUUUAUAAGUUGCCAGUUGGAGCAGAAAGUGUCAUUCUUACAGACAAACUCAUAUUUGCAGUUAUACAUCAUUCCAGAGACAGGAAGUUGAUCAUACUGUCCAAUCAAAAGUCAGAGAAUUCAGUAGACGAACAUCAAGACUUCAGCAAUGAAGCAGUUGUUCAGGAAUUCACUUUGCCUGAAGGAGAACAUCUUAUUGGUGUUGAGAGGAAACACUACCCUUUCUAUUACCAUGAGCAUCAUGAAAGUGAAUGGUUAAAGCGAGUGCGAAGUGGAAGUGUUUCUGGGCCAUCAAAACAUCUGAGCCAGAGUUUAGAUUCGCCGGUGCUUGAUAUUCCUGUGACCACACAUACUGUUCUGGAAGGAUGUAUUGUUGUAACUGAUUGCUCUGUCUAUGAAAUCAGACCUCGCAUAUCACCAGAACGAUUGUUUCUUCAUUUGGCUUUAACUUUGCCAGAUACUGCGUCUGCAGAAAAUCUGGCUAUAAGUAUUGGCUUGGAUCUUACAAGUCUUUCUGAGUUAGCAGCAGAUUUCAUGCUGAAACAGUCAUGUUUUUCUAAGGCUUUGAAACUGUACACAUUAUCAAAGUGUUCGGCAACAAGGCGCACAGGAGGUCUGGCUCGGCAUGGCUGCAUUUCUGAAACAAUGAUUCAUCUGAGACAGGUCUUGAGUAGCUCAAACUUCGAACUAAACACGUCAGAAAGGAAGUACCUCUCUAACAUGCUGCUUCAUUGCUUUAUAUACCAGAUGAACAAUCCAGGGCAGGCUGCAGCUAAUAUUCGUGCUGGUUUAAGUGAUUUUCUGUUGGGAAGUUUUUCCUUUGAUGAGAAAUCUGCAUUGAAUCUUCUGUCUGACUAUGGGGAAGUGGAGCUGCUUUUGUCUUUUGCUAAAGCUCGAGGACUUGUAGUCGAUGCACUGAACUCACUGGUCAAAUUCCAAACAUUUUCUGCUGUUCCAUUUUCUGCUUUAAAUGAUCUUGUCCAGCGUGGGUUUACAGCUCAUUUGAUUCAAUCAGGAUUAGGUUCCUUGCUUCCCUGCCUGCCCCCAGAAGACAUUGUCAAGCUGCUUAUCACACGACCUCAACUGGCCAUACAGAACUACUCAUUGCUGAGACGUCUUAUCCCAUCACUGAAAUAUGACCAGCUUCUGGAGCUUGCGAGAAUAUUUGACCCCUCCAAGUCUGUCAUGAGAGGGACCUUGCUGAGGUUGCAGAGCUCAAGAAGGAGAGCAAACAGUCUGACAUCUAUCUGCUCUACCGCAAGUGAAACUCUUGAUGUCACAUCCGACCAAAGAGAAUUGAAUGCAGAAUCGUUGAUAAAAUUUUUCCUGCUUGUUGUUCUACAUCUCAAUCAUUGUCGGCGCCAAUCACCUACUUAUAAACUACCUGCAUUGAAUUUUUCCUCCAUUGUUUCCAGUCCAGCAGACAGUGUGAGAGAAAUGAGCAGGGACCAGCCAAGUGGGGAUGUGCACAGAAAGCUGUCAGUACAGUUCCAGCCUGUCUCUUGUGGUCCUAAACAUUCUGCUGUUGUCAGAAAUGGAGAUUUAUACACCUGGGGUAGAUCCCAGCAAGGGCGACUUGGUCAUGGUGAGUUAUCUCAGAGUGUCUGCCCACCAAUGCGAGUUGAAACUCUGCACAUGUUGCAGCUGAAAGUGGAUGCAGUAGCUUGUGGAAAUGAGCACACUUUGGCCCUCACACAGCAAGGGGUGUAUGGAUGGGGUGGCUCCAAAUAUGGCCAGGUUGGUGUUGGAACUCGUCACAUUUAUAGGAGGCCAAUGUUGCUUGAAACUCUGCAGUCAGAAACUGUAGUGGCAGUUGAGUGUGGACAUUACCAUUCUUUAGCACUUACUACAGAUAAUCAGGUUUACUCAUGGGGAUGGGGUGUGCAUGGUCAGCUGGGGCAUGGUCACCCCGAGGACUGCCUGAUACCCACACAUGUCCACCACCUGAUGAAUGUGGCAGUGGUCAAGUUGUCAGCGGGCUAUGCUCACACUUUAGUCCUCACUGAAUUGGGAGAUGUCUGGACAUUUGGUUGUGGUUACUUUGGGCAGCUUGGUUUGGGGACCAACAGUAAAUCGUCAGUGCCACAGAAGGUCAAUCUGUCAGAAGGACAAAUUGUGGCUAUCGGCACUAAGUAUUUUCAUUCUGUUGCUGUGUCUGCAAAUAACAAAGUGUUCCUUUGGGGCCUACAUCCACACAAUUUAAGGCAAGUGGCCUCAUCCUUAAGGGGCUCAAAACAUGCUGGGAUGUAUGUUCCAGAGCAGACUUCAUUCCUUCAUCCUGCAGAGGUUGACACAACCUACGUCCAUGGCAAGAUUACAAAAGUCUGUUGUGGCAGUCUCCAUACAAUCCUUUUAACAGACGAUGGAGGUUUGUUUGUUUGGGGCAGAAAUUUAGAAGGCCAGCUUGGCACAGGCACCAGACAAGAUGAGCGAGUACCCAAGAUGUUAACAUCCAUCAAUGACCAACACAUCAUUUCAGUGGCCAGUGGUGGCGAGUUUAACAUCGCCUUUGAUGCUGAAGGAGGUCUUUGGGUUUGGGGUAAAAAUGAAUCAGGACAGCUGGGUCAUGCUAGAACUAAAAAAGACACCCAGAGGAACUACAGACUGUCUGCCCCAGGCCACUCCCGUGGCAUCAGUUCUCAAGGUCAUGGUUCUGAGAUCAACACUCCAUCGAUGUUAAAGGGAUUGCCUCAGUCAGAUGUGUCUAACCCCCACUGGAUUUCUGUGCUGGCUUCAAUUCAGAAUGAAAAUUUAUGGAUGGACAAUCUGGUGCUGGAGUCGGAGUACACAUUAGACAACUUGCCUGACCUAGGAGAUCUUGGUGCAGACGUGUAUGACAGCUGUGUGGUACCAGUCACAUUAAAGACAUUGGACAACAUUUGUGAGACCAGUUUCUGCCUCCAAAAGAGUGUUGAUCUAAGGGACUGGCAAACAGCUGGACAUAUUAGUAGUAUUGAAGAGAACAUAAUACAGGCACUGUACUACAGACUGAGGGUGGUUACAGAGAGAAUGGGUGAGAUGGACCAGGAAGAGGUCAUCAGUCUGUGGGCUCAGCUCAUAGAACACCACAUCAGGUUAGUACAAGAACUAUCUCCUGAAACUGGCACAAAUAAAGAACUGCAGCAACUGUGUAGUCAUGCUUUCUACUGUUGGCAGAUGUAUAACUUCCCAAUUGAGAAGCUAGAGACUAUUUUUUCUGAACAUCUGCCUAAGCUGGCACCUUGGCUUGUUGAGGUAGUACUGAGGCAGUCAUCGGAAGAGCAAACUUCUCAAGCACCAGGUUCCCCAUUCUCUACGCACUUCUCGCUGAGAGUACUUAAAACUGUGAUGAGUUUAAGCACUUCCAGCAAAGGAAGCUCAGAAUGGGAGAGGGACUGGCUUGAGAUGCUGCAAGGGACAACCAUUAGUGAUUCCCUCUCGCUAAGGCGUGUGCAUCAACAUCAAGGGAAACGGACUCCAAGGGAUCGACUGUGGACAGAUAUACUAAGAAAUAUGAAGAAAGAAAUGGGAGCCAUCACACUGACAUCUAGCCACUUGGAACAUCUUAGUGAAGCUCAGCUGAGACAUGGAG